CUGACCCCACAACCCUGGACACGGUACACACAGACCAGAGCCUUGGCUCAAAGGCAAACAAAAGAAACUGCCAGGCUCCCCAUGGCUGUGGCCAGCACCUUCAUACCGGGGCUCAACCCUCAGAACCCUCGUUAUAUCCCGGGGUACACUGGACACUGCCCACUACUUCGGUUCAGCACGGGCCAGACCUAUGGGCAGGCGACUGCUCAGCUACUUCGAGGCCCUCCUGGCCUAGCCUGGCCCACAGUCCACCGCACACUUCUGCCUCCCAUUCGGCCUCCAAGAUCAACUGAGGUUCCCAGGAGGAGCCUGCCUCUCGGGCGUGGGCACCAAAGGCUCAGCUCCAGCAUGAUCCCUGGGUACACAGGUUUUGUACCCCGGGCACAGUUCAUCUUUGCCAAGAACUGCAGCCAGGUCUGGGCCGAGGCGCUGAGUGACUUUACUCACUUGCAUGGAAAGCAAGGGAGUGAAGAGCUGCCAAAGAAGGCCAAGGGAGAAAAGGACACAGAGAAGGACCAAGGGCCAGAGCCAGAGGGACAGCUGGAGGAGGAGCCAGCACUGGAGGCAGCAGAACAAGCUUCUCCCUACUCCAUGGAUGACAGGGACCCUCAGAAGUUCUUCAUGUCAGGCACUGCAGGAAUUUGGGCAGAAGCGCUCACUGGGCAGUGCCCAGAAAGACCCCAAACAUCUCCCCCCACUUCCCAGGACAUACCCACAGAACCUGGGUCUUUUACCUAACUAUGGGGGCUACGUGCCAGGUGAGAUGAUCCCCCGGGGAGGCUUUGGGGACUGGAAUGUUCAUAUGGGUAUUGGGUAGGUGGGGGGUGGUUGGAACUAAUAGAUAUGGGAGGGCUCAGAUCAUGUGGUUCAGCUUUAUCAUCAGGCAGAAAAGCAAACUGAGGUAGCUACCCACAGUGGGGAAUGAGUUAGGACCAGAUUUUAGAGGGCUGUUUGGAUGUCUAGCCAGCUGGCUGAGAAUGAAAUGGCUUUGCCAUGCUGCUGGCUACAUGUGACAGACUCUCUUGGC